AUGAAUCAAAGUGAAUUUAUAAACGAUACAUUACAAGUGUUAUUUUCACAUCAUGGUGCCGCACCACCUUUAUCUGAAAACGAAACGUUCAUAAUGGAAAACCAUACACUACUGCGUCCAACACAUUAUUCAACAUCAUUCCAACUUAUUGCGGCUACCAUAAGUGCUAUCAUUUUCAUAGUGGGUUUAAUUGGAAAUGUUUUAGUGGUAAUCGUUAUCGCAAGGACUAGAAGUAUGCAUACUCCGACCAACUGUUACUUGCUGAGUUUAGCCGUAGCGGAUAUUCUUGUUUUGUUAUCAGCAACAUUACCAGCCAUCCCUGAACCCUUUUUCCAAAUAGACGAGUGGAGGUUCGGCCGAGUUCUGUGUUCCUUGUUGAUCUUUUUACAGUACCUCGGAGUAGAUGCUUCUUCUGCGUCUAUAACCGCGUUUACAGUGGAACGGUACUUUGCUAUCUGUAAACCUAUGCGAGCUCAGACAAUGUGUACAGUAAAUAGAGCGAAAAAGAUUAUCGUUGGUAUUUGGAUAUUAACAACCAUAUAUUGUUCACCGUGGUUAGGACUAACUGACUUAAGACGGGUACAGCAAACCGAUGGGCAUAUCAUAGAAAAAUGUGAUUUCAGGUUAUCAAGAUCGUCAUAUUUGGCUUAUUUUAUGACGGAUUUGGUUAUAUUUUAUGUUAUUCCUUUUAUAAUAUCAGCCGUGUUGUACUGUUUAAUUGGACGUAUCCUGUUUUCGGAUAGUUUAAAUAUAAGUCGUGGAGAUAACAGAAGUGAUAUUCAUGCUAAAAGACAUUCCCAAGCUAGAGUUCAGGUAAGUUAUUCUGAACGGUUAACCAUUAUAACCAUACCAUUUUUUCCUCUCUUUCAGGUUGUCCGUAUGUUAUUCGUGGUUGUGCUGGUGUUUGCUACUUUAUGGAUGCCAUAUCGAGUUAUCGUAGUUUACAACUCAUUUGCUACCAACAAAUAUAUGGACCUAUGGUUUUUACUUUUUUCACGGUCAAUGGUGUAUAUAAACAGUGCUAUCAAUCCCAUUUUAUAUAAUGCUAUGUCAGUCAAAUUUCGUCGUGCCUUCAGAAAUCAUCUGUGCUGUGGUAGGUACAUCUUUUAUAACUUUAAGACUUGA